ACAUUUAACACGCGCUAUCAGCGGCAAAAAAAACCCUAAAUUGUAAAAAAUUUGCCCUGUGAAUUGGACUGCCGGAUAAAACGUAUAAUACGACGCUGAAAAUAAGAGCCGUAUAAUACGGAAUAUCAUACAUUGCCUGAACAUUGUGAACAUGUAAACAAGCCAACAUGUUAACAUGUGAACGUGCAUGCGUGUGGGCUGUGGCCCUACCCGCAUAUAUUUAAUACUACGUACAUAUGCCUACCCGAGUACCCGGCUUCCGUAUUGUAGUAUUGUACACCACUUUAUCACACUCUAACACCACUGUAGUUGUUAAGUUGUCACUUGUUCUGAUAAAUAAUGUUUGCUUAGUGGUUGGUGAUACUAAUUAACUUAUUAUUUUAUAACACAUUGUUUGAAUUCAACAUUUGGUUCUAAGAAAUGAGUAUAUUCACUCGAAGUUUUGAUCCAAUUACUGGGUGCUCAAUUUGGGAGGAGAAACAUCCUGAUUAUGAUCAUCAUCAAGAGGUCGCAAGAUCAGCAUUUGCUGAUAUGCUGCAUGAUCAUGAAAGAAAUGAAAAAUAUUUCGUUGCACUAAAGCAAGCAAUCGAAAAGGUGCAUAGUAAAGGAAAAAAAGCUAAUGUUCUGGAUAUUGGAACUGGCACUGGAUUGCUUUCGAUGAUGGCUGCAAAAUCUGGAGCUGACUCUGUAACUGCGUGUGAGGCUUUCACUCCAAUGGCAGAGUGCGCUUUCGAGAUAAUACAAAAAAAUGGUUUUGAAUCGAAAGUAAAAUUGGUACAAAAACGAUCGACGGAAAUGACUGUUGGUGAGAAUGGUGACAUGAAAACUAGAGCCAACAUUUUGAUAACCGAAGUUUUUGACACUGAAUUAAUUGGAGAAGGUGCAUUAUCAACUUUUAAACAUGCUCAGCAGUUUCUCUUGGAAGAAGAUCGAAUCGUUAUACCAAACAAGGGAACAGUAUGGAUUCAGGUUGUAGAAAGUAAAACAAUACAAGCAUGGCAAAAAAUCAAUGAAAUUCGAGAUCCCGAAUCAGAAAAAGUAUUAAUUUCACCACCUAUUGCGAUGAACCAAUGCCAUGGUUCUUCUGCUGUCCAUGAUCUUCAACUUUCACAGAUGCCUUAUGACUCAUUUACCUUUCUCUCAAAUCCCGUGAUAAUGUUCAAUUUUGACUGGUCUGGAAAAGAACCACUCAUUUUCAACGAAAAUGUUACGAAGUCUACCAAAGCAAUUGCUUCAGGUACUGCACAGGCGAUAUUUAUGUGGUGGAGCUUAAUCAUGGACCCUGAUAAUAAGGUAAAUCUGAGCUGUGCCCCGGUGUGGCAACAUCCAGAUGCAUUGUUGAGUGAAACAAAAGAUGUAGAAUCAAUGUUUAAUGCUGCGGACAGAAUUCCUUGGCGAGAUCACUGGAUGCAAGCAAUCUAUUAUCUUCCAAAUGAGAUAAAAGUAGACAAAGAUCAAGAAAUUGGUCUUGUUGCUUGUCAUGACGAAUAUUCAUUUUGGUUCAAAGUAGAACCUGACCCAACGCAAAAAGUUGAAUAUCCUCGGAGCCCUGUAUGUGACUGUUCAGUACACUUGGCUUUGUCAAGGUCACGAAUUGGGCAGCUCAAUGAUAAAGAGAAACAAGCAAAAUACCUGAAAGUAUUGAAAAAAUACAUCACUCCAGAUACAGUUUGCUUCUGUUUCUCAGACAACUCGCUGAUUGGCUUAUCAGUAUCAAAUCUUGGUGCUAAAAAAACAAUUAUUCUAGAACCUAACAACCUAUCGUGUCGAGCUUUGCAGAGUUUUAUUACUGCCAAUCAACUGACAGAUAAAGUUCAAAUUGUCCAAAAAGUUGAAGACUUACCAAAGAACAUGAAAGUCAAUUUGGUUUUUGGUGAACCUUAUUAUGUGAAUUCAAUAUUUCCGUGGGACAAUCUAAGGUUUUUAUAUCUUUCUCAAAAAUAUGCUCCUGGUAUUCCGACUGUACCAAUGGGAGGAAGUAUACGAGGUGUUGCUGUUGAAUUCAAAGAUUUACAUAAAAUAAGAACACCUUUGGGCAUUUGUGAAGGUUUCGAUAUGAGCUGCUUUGAUAAACUAUUGCUGGAUUCCAGUAAAAUUAGUGAUAAUCCAGUGGAGGUCCAUCCUCUUUGGGAAUACCCUGCCAAAGCUUUGACUUCAAUCUUCGAUCUUGCAUAUUUUGAUUUCCGCAAUGAGUUUGAUGAAACUCAAGAGAUCAAAUUUAAAGGAAAUACUCCAAUUUUUGGGGCUGGAUCUCUUAAUGGGUUAGCAUUAUGGAUAGACUGGCACUUAGAUAUUGAAACUACAGUUUCGACAGGACCGCUUACGCAAGUUAUUCCAGGUGAGAGAAUAACUUGGGACAAAAAUACUCGUCAGGGCGUUUUUCUGUUCCGGAAAAUCAAAAAUGUUACAUGUCAAAAUGCCAUUGACUGGUCUCUUACAUUUAAUUUAAAAAAAGAUAGAAUAUUUGAGUUCAAUUUCAAUGUAAAAAAAAGUUGA